ACUCGAUGAGGGAACAUUGCGGGGUGUUUUAUUCAGAGCAAUUAAUUUCUCUGAAAAGUGAAAUAUAUCUCUGUGCGUGUGAAGAGAGUGUAUAGAUUCCAUAGUGUCUGGAUUCGAUGCCCUCGGAGUGAAGGCAGACAGCAGAGAUGAAGUGUGAUCGGUCAGAGUAUCCGUGCUUAAUUCUCCUGCUCCUCCAGCAGACCUCUGUCUCCAGACCAGAGAUGUUCGAGAUUCUUGUUCCUGCUGAUCCUGUUGUUGCUGAUGCUGGUGAAGAUGUUGUUCUGCCCUGUUACCUCAAACCCAGCGUCAGCGCUGAGGACAUGAGGGUGGAGUGGUUCAGACCUGACUCUGCAGAUGCACAGGUGCAUCUUUACGAGGACAGAGAGAAUAGAAAUGAGAAACAGAUCCCGUCUUACAGAGGAAGGACAGCACUGUUCCCAGAAGAGCUGAAGAAAGGCAAUGCCUCACUAAGGCUUACAGGAGUACAACGCUCUGAUGAUGGACAGUAUAACUGUUUCAUUCAGUCUCCGGUGUGGUACAACAAUGCUGUCUUUUCAGUGAGAGUAAGAGCUGUAGGAACUGAGCCAGUGAUCUCCAUGGAGGGAUACAGAGAAGGGGGGAUCGGCCUGCUGUGUGAAUCUAAAGGCUGGCAUCCUGAGCCUGAACUCAUCUGGCUGGACAGUGAGGGACACAGUCUCCCUGCUGGACCUACAGAGACACUCAGAGACAGUACGGACCUCUUCACUGUGAGACGAAGUGUCAUUGUACAGGAGGGAGACACUAACAGAUUCACCUGUCGAGUUCUACAGCAGUACCUCAGACAGGAGAAGGAGGCAGAGUUUCACAUCCAUGCCGAGAUCUUCCAUCGUGCCCAUCCCUGGAUGGUGGCUUUCGCUGUGUUUUUCACUCUUGCUAUUAUAGGACUUGCUGUUCUAAUCUAUCGCCAUGUGAAACUGCACAGAAAGAAAGAUAAGCUUUCUAAACUGCUGGGUCUACUUUCGCCACUGGAGCUGGAAAGGGUUCAUGGAUAUGCAGAGUUUGAGAGCAUUCGUAGACAUGCAGUGGAUGUGACUCUGGACCCUGACACAGCACAUCCCAGUCUCAUCCUGUCUCAGGAUGGGAAACAAGUGAGACAUGGAGACACACGGCAUGAUCUCCCUGAUAACCCAAAGAGGUUUAAUCCUGAACUAAAUAUCCUGGGAAAGGAGGGUUUCUCCUCACGCAGAUUUUACUAUGAAGUUCAGGUUGGGGAGAAGACUGAUUGGGAUUUAGGAGUGGCCAAAGAGUCCAUCAACAGGAAGGGGACAAUUAUGGUGAGCCCUGAGAAUGGAUACUGGGCUGUGGGACUGAGGUAUGGGAAUAAGUACUGGGCCCUGACUGAUCCCCCUGUCUCCCUCCCUCUGAGAGAGAAUCCCAGGACAGUGGGGGUGUAUGUGGAUUAUGAGGGGGGUCAGGUCACCUUUUACAAUGUGGAGGCCAGGACUCUUGUCUACUCCUUCACUGGCUACACCUUCACUGAGAAACUCUAUCCAUUAUUCAAACCUGGUUUUUAUUAUGGUAAAAACUCAGCCUCACUGAUCAUCUCACCUCUCAGUCAAAAACACGAAUAA